GGAUGGCGGAGGCCGUGAAGCCCCGGAGCCGGGCCAAGGCCAGCCGGGGCAGAGCCAAGGAAAAAAAGAAAAAGUGUGAAGUGGAGGAGGCAGCCCCAUCUCAGCUGUCCCUUCCUGGGUCAGAGAAAGAUCAAGAAGGAGCUUCUCGUUACAGCGAUCCCCCGGUGGAACGUGUUCCAGAGUCCAAGCUCUGUAGCGAAGCUGGGGAGAGAGAAAAUGUGACGGACGUCCCACUGAAUGAGCGAACCCGAGAUAAGGAAGGAUCCCCAGGCGCUGCCCUUUCGAAACCUCCAACGCAGGCGGAAGAAUUCAGAGCAAGACCUUUGGAGGAGGGAAAUGAUGUUGGCGAAGCAACAUGCAGUACUCAGGACCUCGCAAAAGCAGAUGCUGGUGAAACGUCAUCCUGUGACCUCAUGGAAAAGAGAAGUUUUUGCACCCACCCACCGAUGGCAAGUGCCCAGAACCCAGAACCUGAGAACAUGUGCCAUAUAAAACCUCUUCUUCCCUGUUCUUCUGAAGAGGGUCUUGCCACCAUCUCUGCCCCUAUCAAAGAAGUCAAAGAACACGUUCCGAAUGCUGGUUUCCAAACGCUUUAUCCAGACCUGCCGUUGGAGUUCUUCCACGAGCGUCUGGCGGGCCUUGCUAUCAAACCCCAGGUACCGACGGAGAGGCUCUAUCCUGAGCUUCCGGUUGAACCGGAGCUGGUGCCUUUUAGCAAAGAGCAGCUGAAGGUCUUUGAGCCGUGCUCCUGGCUGGAGAACGUCGAUUCCUACGUGGAGGAGUUUGGGAGUGUCGCGCACCAGGACAGGCACGAGUUCUUUGAGCUGUUGCUGAACUACUGGCGCUGUCGGAAGCAACUGCUUUUGGCAGAAGCGGAGCUGCAGACGCUGACCUCGGAUUGCCAAAGUGUUAAAGGUCGCCUCUGGGCUUUUAAGGAUGAGCAGCAGAAUGUCCAGGGCGUCUGCGCCGACCAGUGCAAAGUGUCCGGCCACCAUCGCUACCAGACGGUCGAGGUGAAUGAAGGCGCUUUGGAAGAACUGAAGAAACUGUUUGAGGCUCAGGCCGGCCACGUGCAUCAGACGCUGGCCUUGCACUUGUACACCUCCGUCCUGUCCCGGCUGCAGGUGGAGUCCUACCUCUACGGAUUGCUCAGUGGCUCUUCCUUGCUGAUGGCCGUGGGCAUUCAGCAGCAGGAGCCAGCUCUUAAGCAGACAGAAAACGUCUCCUCAGACUUGGGUCCCUUGAAGGAAUGCAUCAGCGUUCUCUUCAGCUUUACCCGGCGGGUGGUUGAAGAUCCGCAUUUUCAGCACGACAUUCUCUCGUGGCUUCGGAGGCUGGUGUCGGUUUUGCAAAGGAUUGGAUCUCCUGGGGACCAUCUCUUCCUCCUCAACCACAUUCUUCGCUGCCCGGCCGGUGUCAGCAAAUGGGCCGUUCCAUUCAUUCAGAUUCGGGUUCUGGGCAGUCCAGCCGGGGUCUUCCAUUUCAUGCAGUCCCUCGCUUUGCUGAUGUCUCCUGCCAAAAAUCGAGCGGAGUUUAUGUGCCACAUGAAACCCAGUGAACGGAGGACCUCCUCAUCUGGGAAGGAAUCUGGAAACUGGACUUUGGUAGAUGAAGGCGGAGAAGAGGAUGAAGACCCUGAUACUAGCUGGGUCCUUCUUCUCGAAGAUGACCUGGUUGUGCUUUUGUCUCAAUUCCCCUUUCAUGAACUCUUCCAGCAUAUUCUUGGAUUCGAUUCGAAAGGUAUUUAUGCUCCUGAGAAAACCACGGCCCAAGAGAUGAUGAAGAUCUUUGCGUUCGCUAACUCUUUACUGGAACUUCUAGCGGUGGGUCUGGAGACCUUCAACCGAGCCCGCUAUCGGCAGCUUGUGAAACGGAUCGGUCGCCUCAUCAGGAUGACACUUUGCUACGUGAGCGAUCACUGGGCCCAAUAUGUCAGCCGUGCUAAAGACUCCAGCUACGCGACGCACCCUUACUCUGUCGAGAAACUGCAAGUGGAAUUUGAUGAGCUCUUUCUCAGGGCUGUUCUGCACGUACUGAAAGCGAAAAGGCUGGGCGUGUGGCUCUUCAUGUCCGAGAUGCCGUACGGGACGCUUUCCAGUAAGAUGCUGUGGAAGCUCUUCUUUGUCAUGCACUGCGCGGAAAGUGAGAACCUGGAGACGACGUGUGCCGCCCUGCAGCUCGAGGACUGCAAGCGCAAACUCAAAGACCCAGCCCACUUGGAGAGCUUCGAGAAGUAUCUCCAGUCCAUGAACGGCUCGGAGGAGAUCUGCCUGCUGACGACAUUCGCCCAGAUGGCUCAGACAAAACGGGAUGACGUGGACCACGACUUUGUCAGGGUCGUUGUGCUGGAGAUCUACGAGGUGUCGUACGUCAGCCUUUCCACCCGGGAAACUUUUUCGAAGGUUGGCCGGGAGCUCCUUGCAGCCAUCACUGCUGUCCAUACCAGCAUGAUUUCAGUUCUGCUGGACCGAGUCCGAGAGACCAUCGAAAGGGUCGGCAUGGUUUCCCUCUACCUGUUUAAAGAGCUGCCGAUGCUGCUCUGGAAGCCGUCCGCUUCGGAGGUGGCCCUGAUCCGUGACUGGCUUCUGAAUUACGACCUGACGGAAGUCGAAAACAAACUAGCUUGCAUUAUCCUGGAAGGGCUGAACUGGGGACCUUGUGAGAAUGGCAGCCUUCACCUCGAUCCGGCGGUCCAUGCGGAAGUUGCGCUCAUGGUCUUAGAAGCUUACCAGAAGUACCUCUCUCAGAAACCCUACACUGGGCUAAUCUCUGAAAGCAUCCGACAGGUCUCCUACCUGGCCAGCAUCGUCCGUUAUGGAGAGACACCUGAAACCUCCUUUAACCAGUGGGCAUGGGGACUGGUCCUGAGAUUAAAACUCCACCUGAAUGAUUACGACCUACAGAAAGGCUGGACUCCCGUCCCUGGUUCCAGUACAGUACCUGAGCUGACGGAAUCGCCCGCAUUUCACCCACUGCUGAAGGCUGUCCGGUCAGGCCUCCCCAUCGGCUGCUACCUUGCGCUGGCCAUGACCACGGUGGGCCACAGCGUGGAGAAGUUCUGUGCAGAAGGGAUCCCUCUCCUGGCCCUUCUGGUGCAAUCGCGGCAUCUGAGGACCGUCGUUCACGCGCUCGAUAACGUCCUGCCCGCCUUUUACCCGUGCCAGUAUUACCUCCUGAAGAACGAACAGUUCCUGUCGUGCCUCCACCAAUUCCUUCAGCUGGACAGCGGCGUCCCCCAAGGGAUGACGCAGCAGGUGACGCAGAAAGUGGCUCAGCACUUGACCGGCACGAGUUACGGCGAAAACAUCAAGCUGCUCAACUGCAUGAUUCAGAGCCACGUUUUUAUAAGCAGCCAGUCCAACGGAGUCGGGCCAGCGGCUGUGUUGGAGUUCUGGGCUCAGGCCCUCACUAGCCAACCCCUCUGGCACAGGGAGAAGGCCACCCUCUACCUGAUGGAUCAUCUGUGUCAAGCAGCAUUCCAAUUUAACCAAGAGGACGGUGUGCAAAAGCUGCUCUACCAGCAACACAAGAAUGCUUUGGGCUACCACUGUGACAAGGGGCUGCUGUCCUCCUUAGUGAGCUGGAUUGUGGCAGGCAACGUCACACCGUCUUUCGUCGAGGGAAAUGCCAACCCCACACAGGUUUGGUUUGCGUGGACUGUUCUUAAUAUGGAGUCCAUAUUUGAAGAAGAUUCGCAGCUUCGUAGGGUCGUGGAAAGGGAGCUCGUCAACAACCCUUUGACUCCGGAUCAGGCCCUGAAGAAAGUUCAGACCCAGCUGAAACUACCCAUCGUGCCUUCUCUUCAGCGGCUGCUGAUAUACCGCUGGGCUCAUCAAGCCCUUAUCACUCCUGCUGAUCACCCCCUCCUUCCGCUCAUCUGGCAGAAAUUCUUCCUCCUCUACCUUCAUCGCCCAGGGCCGCAGUACGGGUUACCUGUAGACGGCUGCAUCGGGAAAAGGUUUUUCCAAAGUCCUGCUCAGCUUAGCCUGUUAAGCGACCUAAAGCAGCGCCUGAUCGAGGUAGCGGAUUUCCACCACUCGGCUAGUAAAGUGCUCCGGCUGGACGGCCCGGCAGCUGGCAGUGAGAGCCCAGCGCGGAAAGGAUCCAGCAAGCCUGACCACCUGACCUCUCCCGAACUGCACAAGGAGCUCGUCAGGCUCUUCAACAUGUACGCUUUGUGGCUGGAAGAAGAGAGCUUUCAGAAAGGGAACACGUAUAUCCCCUCCUUACCGAAGCAAUACGAUGCCCACAGGCUGGCCAGAAUCAUGCAGAACCAGCAGGAUUUGUGGAUAGAAUUUGUCAACGUUGAACGCAUUCAGCACGAAUUCCAGGAAGCCCUAGACUUUUGGUUUCAAGUCAGGGUAGAGUCCCAUGCAGCCUCGGGCGCUUCGUCAGCGCAAACAGACUUCACGAACCCUUUGUUGGCCAAAGAGAGAAUUAUCAGCAGUUUAAAGAAGUAUGAGGCCCCCCAGCCUCCUCUUCCCCUUCAGCCGAUGAAAGCCCCCGUACCUGUUAUUUCUCCUGCUAGUUUGGUAAAUCAAAAUGAAGCCAAAGAACUGAUCCGCACCAACCUCAUCAUCCUGCAGCACCAUGCCAAAUCUGCAGCACUCCGAGAAUCACAGCACGUCGCUUUCAACAGCGAGAUCCUGGACACGCUGCCAAAACUUUAUACCAAUAGAGAAGAACAAAUCACCCUCCGCCUGGAGUGUCGUGGCAGCUCCGGUAAAAGUUGCCAGGGAGCAGCUGUUGUAACGAUCCAGUUUGAAGGAAAGCACAAAAAUGAUGCUGUCAGUCAGCAGCUUCACGCUCUGAAGAAAGAAGUGAAACACCUGCAAGCAGAAGCGACUAAGCCUCCUUCUCUGAGCGUCGUAGAAGCUGCAGUGCACAUGGAGAAUUUUAUCACAGCUUUAAUUAAUCUCUACAAGCUUCAGUCUAUGCCCGGGAUUCACAGAGUUGGGAUCAAACUGUUCUUUGCGGUGGUGGAAUUCGUGUGUGACGAAACACAGCGCCACCCGCCGACCAGGCAGUUCUUCUCCUCUUGCGUUGAGAUCCUCGGCCAGGUGUUCAUUGCAGGGACCCAAUCCGAGUGCAAGCCAGUGCUCCAGACCAUUCUGAAGAACCGGAGGCUCUGCAACCUCCUGUCGCCUUACUUCACCCCUGCCGCCUCCCCGGCGGAAUUCGUCAACUUGUACGAGAAGGUCGUGUCUUUCCUCGGCGGCGACGACAACAGCGAUGUCAUCUUCAUGCUGCUCACAAAGUUUGACCUCCUGCAGUGGUUGCAUAGCGCCAAGCCCCCACUCUCUGAACGCACCCGACUUCUGGAGUCCAUCCAUUUGGCUCUCAAGGCCUGUGGCUUUGAACCCGAGCAAGACAUCCUGAUGCCCUUUUCCAUCUUCUGCAAGCACUGGACUUGCCUGCUCUGUUACCAGUUCCCUGACCACUACAGCAGCUUCCUGAGGCUUCUCAUGCAAAGCUCCUCAGAUCAGCUCAUGAGUCCGCAAUGCUGGGCGGCAUCCCUGGAGGCCUUGGGUUGCACCUCCACGGCAGCUAAAAGUGAUCCUGGGAAGGAAGAGGCCAGUAAGAGCGUCACCUGGAAAACUUCGGCAGAAACGUUUCUCUCACCAGAGCAGGUCAUGGAGACGAUUGAGUGGCUUUCAGACUACUUCCUCAAGCUGCGCUUGUCUUCACGAGACUUCCAGAGCUUUGGCUUGUUCUCUAAAUGGACUCCGUACAUCAGUGAAGUGAUACAUUUCAUGGAGUAUCUCGUCAACCGCCUGGUUGAUUCGGAAGCUGCCAGCUUAUCGCAAGAGCCAGUAGGCAGCAGCAGGGUUCUGGCAGGACUGCAUUCUUUGCAUUUAGUCAUCAUCAAACUCUUUAAGCCUUGGAUUGAGGUUUUAGCGAGAGGUGAUGCAAGCAAACGGCCCUGCUAUCCAUGGUUGGAGAGUGACACUCCCAUCGCUUCAAAGAUGGUGCAGUUAUACGCAUACAGCAUAGGCGUUAUACAUGAAAGUUUCAAAGAUAAACUUUUGCCGAGCCACCACGGGGCCCUUUGGCAACACCUGGCGCGCUAUUGUGAGUCGUGCACAGCCCCCAAAAUGCCGGAGCACAUCCUGUAUACAUUCCAUACGGAAUUUCUUCGCCUGCCCUGGAAGGAAAUGCACCCCGACCGACACCUUAUGGAAGAAUUCUUUAAAGUUGAAAGAGGCAGCCCCAAAAGCUGUUUCCUAUUCCUGGGCUCGAUCUUAUGCGAAGUCAACUGGGUCAGCGUCCUCUCGAGCGCCUGGAAUCCAAACCCGCCUCCCGAAACCCACGACAUGAUUGUGUGUCUGCUUUACAUGGUGGUCCUGCUGGCCAAAGAGGAGCAGCUGAUCACCAAAGAGGAGUCUCCACUGCUGAAUCUCCUUGGCCAGACCACCUCCCUCCCUUGGCAAUUCAUCAGCGUCGCGUCCUAUCAGAGCGUCGUCAGCUACUUCAACAGCCACUACCCUCCGUCCAUCAUUCUGGCCCAGGAACCUGCGGCCGAACUGAUUGUGAAGCUCUUGAAGGCGUCCGCGGGCUUUGGCGCCUCUUCCGAUGGCCACGUUCAUCUCGAUGCAACCCUCAAGGCCCGAGCCUACGUUCGCCAGGUGGUCCAUUUUCUCAGCAUCUUGGAGCAAAAUGGGAAAAUCACCGUUUCCGCUCUGGAGCAGGAGAUGUCAAAGCUGCUAGAUGAUAUUGUCAUCUUUAACCCUCCAGACACGGACAUGCAGGCCCGCCACCUGGCCCUUAGUAGCCUCUUCGCAGAAGCCCUGACAAUGCUGAACAAUGCCAGCGUGGCCACAGCCGAAUCUCUCCGGGUCAGUUUGCGAGAAUGGAUUGAUGCGACGGUGCACGGCUUGGGGGUGAUGCCGCUCUUGACCGCGGCAUGCCAGAGCCUGGCGUCGGUCCGGCACAUGGCCGAGACCACGGAAGCCUGCGUCACUGCCUAUUUUAAUGAAGACUCCCCACUCAACCAGGAUUUGGGCUGGGGGCCAAUCGUGGCCUCCUUGCAAGUUCCCGAACUCACAGCCGAGGACUUCCUGCAAGAGUGCCUUUCCUUGGGGGGCUACCUAACUCUUUAUGUCUACACACUGCAACAGUUGAACGCCGAGCAGACCCUGGGCAAUGAAAUGAGGGUGCUGUCGACACUGAGCAAGUGGCUGGAGCAGGUGCACCACAGCUCGGCAAAGGAUGAAGCCAAGCUCUUCCUUUGGUGGCACAAAGUGCUGCAGCUCUGCCUCCUGCAGCUGGUGCAGGAAGAUGCCGUCGUGACGGAGUCGGUCAUUCGGAUCUUGACGUCUCUGCAAAGCAGGCAGAACCUGCUGGCUGAAGAGCGGCUCACGUCGGGGAUCCUUGGCGUUCUUGGGCUGGGCAGGAAGUCUCCGUUAUCGAACAGGUUCCGUGUGGUUGCUCGGAGUAUGUCAACCUUCCUGUUGGUACAGAUUCCUAUGGAGAACCAGGUCCGGAUGAGGCCUGGCGUGGAACUGCAGCUCUCUGCCAAAGCUCAACAGGCCCUGAACGCUCUUGAAUCCUUGGCUUUGAACAAGCAGUACGGGGAAUACCAAGAGCAGAUUUCCCAAGGCUCCCAGUUCAUCAAGGACUCUCGCCAUUGCCUCCGCGAUGGGACGGACCUCCUGGCCAUCCUCGUGAACACUUUGUACCCGGAAGUCCAUUAUUUGGAUGCCAUACGAUAGCAAUAUGCAAGGGCCACCCCUUUCCCCCCCCCCCCUUGUUACAAUCACGGAUUGUCUUCAGUUUACAGUCGACCACGAUGUUGCACAAAUAGCUGUCGUUCCAACGGUACCACUUUGUGAAAGGGGCGAGAGAGCGAGGAGAUAGAGGAGAUAGAGGCCUUUUGUUGUUGGGUUUUUUUUUAAAAAAAAACACCUGCGGGGAUAACUUGAGUUUCUGCCAAGACACAACGCUUCUCUGGGUUUCGGAAGCGAAGCUCCGUUCAUUUCGAUGGGGCUUGUGCGGAAGACCUUUGCACUGGAUUGGGGGUUAAGGCUGUCAAGCGUCUCUAGCCCUCCAGAUGUUGCUGGACUGCUUCAACUCACCCUGACCAUUGUUCAUGCUGACCAGGGUUGGGGAGCAGCAAUAUCUGCUUCUUGUGGCCGCCAUUUUGGAAAUAAUACAGUGUAUCUUUGAGUAUGCCUUUCCAGCACCUUUUCAGCUUGAUUUUGCUUGUGUGCCUUUUUUUAAAAAAACAAAAAACUGUGAAAUUCCUGGGCCAAUUUCAAUAGCUAAUUAGAAUUUUGGACCAUUCUUGAACAGCUACUUUUGCUUAAUUCACUUCCGCUUACCUAUCCUGGAUGUUUAGAACUGUUUCACGAUACCAAAAUAAUAAUAAUAAUAUUGAUCCCACACUGAAUCCUGCUAACGAUGUAAACAUUGUACACCUUUGCUCCACCUAUUUAGGCAGAAACUGGAUUUAUUCUUGUAAGGCUUUGGAGGGAGGGGAAAACCUUCCCAAAAUUACAAAACAUGUUUCCUUAUCAUGCGAUUAGAAUGAGUCAUUUGUUUCCAUGUUGCUUUAGUACAAAGUUUUCUGGAUUUCAGCAGCAUGGAGAAGGACAGCAGUGCAUUAAUUACAAGAGAGUUUAAUUCGGAAAAUUACAGUUUUUCUGUAAUGGUACAUUUUGGAUCAUGUAUUCUGGCAGGGUGGCAGCCUAUCAAGCUUCACAGCAUUCUUCUCUCCUGGAGCAGUUCUCUGUGCAACUCAAAAGCUUGCUUCCUUCUCCUUGCAAUACAUAAUCAUGUGAAUAAUUUUGGAUUCUUUUUGUCAAUACCACGAAAUAAGUUUACAUUGGAAACCUCUCUCCUUUUGUAAAUGGAGACUCCCAAGCUGUGAUCUUACAUAGAAGAGUACGUCUUGUAGAAAUCAGGCUGACGCUUAGAGGUGAAUGUCCUCAAGACAGAGGCACUAGAGCUACGAAAGAAAAAGCAAUGUUUUCUUUCCAUUACAACUUCCUUGUGGUGUUCAGAUGACACUCCAGAACAGACUUGGAAUAUGAAAAGUUAGAACUGCUGCAUGUGAUGUUUUUUACUUAUCAGACUUUGUUCAUCAGCUCCCAAGAGUGGUGUUUCUGGGCGAACUUUAUGAUUCAGUUAACACUGCCUUAUAUGAGUGCAGGUUUCUGUUCCCUGCCCGCCUCUUGGGAAAACAGAUACCAACAGAUACCAAACUUGUUUUAAAACCACAUCAACAUCCUCACAAACCUCUCACAAACUCGCACUAGAUGCAGUUCACAAGAUGCUGCAGGAUCUCAGUUCCUUUCAAUGGACUUGAUGCCACUGCCAAAAUGAACGAAGAUGCUUUUAAUCAUCCCUUGUGGCCAUUUCAUUCACUGAAACAGAAUUUGGUGCAUUGCGUGCACGGGCGUCUGUCCGUUCCCCCCCCCUCCCCGCGACCCCCUUUUAAAACCCCUUUCCUCUCUGAGCUCAUCAGCAAAAUGAGGAUACAUUUUUUUUGAAAAGCUAAUUGCAUUUUCAUACCUUUCACUCCACUUAGCAGGUGGGGGUUUCUGGCUUAAGAAUCUCUUUAGCAACUCACCGGCAUCUUACCCUGGUAAAUAACGUCGUGCCGUUUAGUGAUUGCCUUCAACUAAUUAUUGUGGAAUUAGAAAUUUCUGAAAGGUUUCUCUUUCUCUUCUUGCCAAAUUAUGCAAAUAAGUUCUUUGCAGCGAGAUUUUCAUAACUCGCUUUGUGGAUUAAGCUUCUGGAUGAGUUUUCCCCAUUUGGGUGCACUGGUAGAAACCGUUGCGGAGGGCGGGCUUCAUGUUAGAGAGCAGCCGGCCCCAAUCUGGCGCCCUCCAGAUGUGUUGACUACAAUGCCCAUCCUCCCCAGUCAGCACGUGGGAGUUACAGUCUGGCACAGCUGGAUGGCCCCAGUUUUGAGAAAGUUGUUUCAAAGGUUCUUUCUGCAAAUCUCACAACUGGAAAAAGAAUUGCUGCUCUUUUUCUUUCUUUUUUUUAAGAGAGGAAGUUAAGGAAUUUCUUCUACUCAGUGUUAAUAAUUUAAAAAAGGAACCUGUGAAAGUGCAGAAAAUAUUAUGUGUGCAUCUGGCCUAAGUUUAACUGCAGAUGCUAUUGUUUUGGAUGUGGUUUUUACAGGAUGUGUGUUUAUAAUGGUUUGUGUUUGCAAGGACGAUGUGAAAUAAACAAUGAGAAAGACUGAAAUAUAA